UUUUAGUGUUAGUAGAGGGUUUCCAUAGCAUCCCAACAAGAAACGUAUCAUUCACGAGGUGAAUUGUUAUAUUCUUUGAGUUUGUAUAAAGCCCAAAGGAACGAAAUAAAAAAUGAAGUUAAUAGUGACAUUCUAUAUACUGUUACUGGUCGGUGUUUUGGUGACCGUGGAGUGUAAAAGAGGUGGGGGGUCCAGAGGUGGUAGUUCCAGAGGUAAAUCUGGUACGCAGACAGGACAGGCUGCAGCGCCGCCACCAGCUCCAGAGUCAGGAUUCAAAAAACAGUCCGUGAAUACGCAGCACCAGUCAGCACCGGCUUCAGGACAACAAAAGCCUUACGGAUGGAACGUCCCGGGGACUAAUCACCAACCUGGAGCAGCAGCUGGUGGCGCUGCUGCUUCAGGUGGAGUUUGGAAAACAGGUCAUGGGCAAGCAGGUACAGGAAACAAACGAGUGGAAGAAUAA